GCCUGAUGCCUGUACCCAGCCUGAUGCCUGUACCCAGCCUGAUGUCUGCCAGUUGACUCGAUGCCCGCUGUUGAUCCAGACGAUCCGGUACCUGAUGACCCGGUGCCGCUGUCAUACCUGGUGACCCGAUGCCCGCUGUCGAGCCAGACGAUCCAAUGCCUGAUGACCCAGUGCCCGCUGUCAUGCCUGGUGACCCGAUGCCCGCUGUCGAGCCAGACGAUCCGGUACCUGAUGAUCCGGGCCCGCUGUCGUGCCAAUUGACUCGGAGCCCGCUGUCUCGGGCCGCCGCUCCGCCUGGGGGCCC